GCAUCAUCUAGCGAGCGGCGGAACAACUGUCCCGUACGACUUAAAAAAAAGACAAAAAACUAAGUUAAGCAUUAACGAUGGCAGAGUACAGUGGCCUGAGGAGCUUUCACUGAUUCAUCGCUGUGAAAGUUUCGUUUCACUGAAGAGGCCGCGUGAAUGUCGAUCUGUCCUAAGUUUCGUUUCUGUCAAGACGCAACUUGAUUUAGUUGGAAACCGAAAGGAUGCGACUAGAACUGACGUGCGGUGUUUGGAUUGGACAUGAGCAGCCUUUAUAUCCAGCAGACAGAUGUAGCAGCCCCUGUUUUAGGAUCAGAUGCCACCCUUCACCACCAUGACUGAGCAACCAGCCCAGGAAGAAUGAGUCAGAAGACAAAGAAAAAAGCUCGGUCUUCCUUUGGGGCCACAGCACCACCUUUCAUUGACUACCUGAAAGAUAUUCUACGUCGAUAUCCAGAUGGUGGACAAAUUUUGAAGGAGCUAAUUCAAAACGCAGAUGAUGCUCAAGCCACAGAGGUGGUUUUCAUCCAUGAUGAGAGAAGCUAUGGGACUGAGAGCCUCUGGACUGAUGAACUGGGAAAAUACCAAGGUCCUGCUCUCUAUGCCUACAACAAUGCAGCAUUCACUGAAGAUGACUGGGAAGGAAUUCAGAGGGCAGGACGGAGCGUCAAGCGCAAUGACCCAAACAAAGUCGGGAGAUUCGGAAUCGGCUUCAACUCUAUCUACCACACAACAGAUGUGCCAAGCAUAUUCAGUUCAGGGCACCUUGGCUUGAUGGACCCUCAAGAAAAAAUAUUUGGAGAAAGAAGUGGAGGGUUUCGAUGGUCUUUGGAUGAUGCUGAACACCAAGAAGCUCUGAUGAAUAUGUAUGAUCAGUUCCAGCCCUUUCGAGAUAUAGUUUCACUUGUGAGCGAGCAAGAAUGGUCGAAAGUUGUUCUGGAGGAUCAGCACUUUGAGGGGACGAUUUUCAGAUUCCCUUUACGCAAUGAGGCGUCAGAAAUUUCAGACAACCUGUACGACUCCAAUAAGGUAGUUGAGCUUUUUGAUAGCUUCAUUGCUGAUGCAGACUUGAGUCUCCUUUUCUUGAAAAAUGUGACCUCAGUGUCCUUGAUACACAUAAAUGUCAAUGGUGCUGUUAACACCAGACUUGAAGUGAAAUCCUCCAUCCCUACAGAAGUCGAUUUGGAGACAGAAGAGGAGUCAAUCGUGGAGGGUUCAACAAGGUUCAAACUGAUAACUCUCAGUUCAGAAAACCACAGAGAAACCAAGUGGCUUGUGACGACAUGUACAAUGAAAGAAGGGAACAUAGAAGAUCUUGACAGCCUUGCAACAAAGUUGAGCUUUUUACCUCAGGUUGACUUGGCAUUCCCUUGUGGAGAGAAGAGAGACAGUAGUGACAGUAGACUGAGCUGCUUUCUCCCCCUCCCAAACAAUGAAUCCAACAAGACAGGACUCCCAGUGUAUGUCAACGCUUGCUUUGGCCUCACAGACAACAGAAGACACAUCAAGUGGCAAGAAGAGGACCAGAAACAUGACGAACAUGCUUUGUGGAAUGAACUGUUGAUGAAGGAGGUGCUACCACAAGCGUACGUCAUGAUCAUUCAAGAUGCCAUCAAACUUGCCCAAAAAUCUCAUCUCCCUGUCUCUUCCGUGUAUGAUUUGUGGCCAGACAUCGCCCAGGUACAGCACAAAGACAAAUGGUAUGCUGUGGCUCUGGAUGUUCUUCAGCACUUAUUCAGACAGAAUGUGGCUCUUCUCUCUCUCGCCAAAGACGAAACAAAGUUUAUCCCUCCAUCGGAAGCAGUGUUCCCCUGCAAUGGCCCGACAAGCACUGACAUAUUGUCGGCCAUCAAAAGGACUCUGGUUUCCUGUGGAGAAAAUCUUGUCACUUUACCAGCCAGCGUUGCAAGAGCUAUACAUAAGGCUUAUCCACACUUCGACACCCUAAAACAUGUGACUCCAACAUUAGUCAGGCACAUUCUCCACGGGAACGGCGUGCACGACAUCGCUAAAGAUGACAAACUUUGUCUUUUGGAGUACAUUCUGGGUGAUAGAAAAUACGAAGAGCUCGAGGGUCUUCAGCUGCUUCCACUCAGCGAUGGCUCCUUCAGAUCCUUCACAGACAGAGAGGAGGACACUGCUUUGAUUGACAGCGAGGAAUUUCCAAGAGUCUUGCUGCCGUUCUGCAAACACCUCUUCAUCCCACAUGACCUCAGUUCAGCCUGCAGUGCCCAUCUGAAAGAACUGGCCAGCAGAAAUUUAUUCAAUGUCCUCAACAUUGAUGCAGACCAUGUGGCUGAAUACACAAGAAGGUAUUUGCCACAGGACUGGAAGCAGACGAGAACGGAGCAUGUUAUCUGGGACAGCAACAACAGUCAGCAUCCACCGUUAGAAUGGUUCCAAGAAUUCUGGAAGUUUCUCAGCGCUCACUUCUGUGAGUUAAGUCCAUUCACUGAAAUACCUUUAAUACCAGUCAGUCCUCUGUCUGUCAGUCAGCCUGUACCAGUAGCCAAACUACAACAGAACACAACCCUCAUUUUUCAGAGAAGCAAGCAGAUUAGUUUGCCAGACCAAAUAGCUCAGUUGGUGAAUAAAGUAGGUGGCACAGUGGUGAGAGGAAACGAGUGGCUCAGACACGAAGACCUUGACUCUUAUGUGCUCUGCCCAUCUCCAAGGAGCGUCCUGAAGGUCCUCAUGAAUUUAGAUUCUCAGUAUCUCAUCACAGAACUCAGGAGAACAUCUCACAGAGCAGGAGAAGAACUGAAAGAUUAUCUCUCUCAUCUGGAUUCUGUCUCAGCCAGAGAGAAAGAUUUACUCUCUAAGUUGCCCCUGUUUCACACCAUGGGAGGAAUCUGUGUUGCAGCUCAAUCAAAACAAGCUGUGCUUCUAAUUUCUGGCCUAACAGUGCCAACAGAGCUCCCCAUGCCUGACUCAGUUAUCCAGUGUGCUACUGAGGCUGAUCGGAGGUUAUUACUGCUGCUAAGUGUUAAGCUCUUGGACACAGCUGAAGCAGCCAAAGUCCUCAUUGACUGUAUUGAGAAAGGGGCUUGCAGCAAUGAAGACACUGCAAAUAUCAUGACUUGGAUUUUGCAACAUGGUAACAUCCUUUUCUCUCAAAAUCAAUCCUUGAAAAGCAAAUGUAAGAGCUUGAGGUUCAUUGCAGUGAACAGAGAGAUCAAAAAGACCUCGAGCUUUUUAGAUCCAAGAAUUCAAACUUUUAAAGUCCUCUUUGAGUCAGACUUCUUCCCCCCACCUUUGUACACUCACACACCGCAGAUGCUGGAAAGCCUAACAGAUCUUGGUUUGCUGAAUAAAGAAACAGAUGUAUCCCCUGAGCAUUUGCUGCAUGCUGCUGCACAGAUUGACCAACUUUGUGUGGACUGUCAAACUGAGGCUCUCAAAAGAGCUCAAGUUCUCUUGGAAAUGUUGGAUGCUAAUGAUCUACUGUCAAAGUUUUCUCAUGAACAGCUUCAUCAGCUCAAAAUGCUGAAGUGGGUCCCAUGUGAUGAACCUGGUACUGACAAAUUCAGUGAUGAACAUCAGAGUCCUUGUUUCUUUUGCCCAGAUGAAGUACGACAUUCUGCAUACGAGGACAUUGUUGGAUAUGUAAUGCCGCUGGUAAAGCUCAGUGACAGAGUUUGCAACAAGCUUGGUCUAAAACGCCUACCAUCUCCUGAAAAAGUGCUUCAGAAUUUGUCAGUCUUGGCAUCAGAAGCACAGAAAAUGGCUGAUCCUGAUGCAAAUUUGGAUUUCAAAAGAAAGUUGCAUAGCAUAUACAAACACAUGCAGGAAAACAUCUCUGUAUUCACAGCAGCGAUGGACAAGGAGACGCCCUGGCUGUGGACUCAGAACAAGUUUGUUUCACCACAGGACCUGGUUCUUGACUACCCAUGUAAUCUAGAUCUGAGUGCUUACAUUGGAAAAGUGCCAAAAGAAUUUUUGCCAUACAAGAAGUUACUCCAGGAGUUUGGCCUGAGAGCAUUUCUUUCAGAUGAGGACAUUUUUGGCAUUCUUCAUUCAAUCCAACAGACCAUUGAAGCAAGGCAACAGCCAUUUGCAAGUUCCUCUGAGAUAAAAGUGUCAAUCGAAAUUCUUAACUGGCUGCGGAGAGAGCAGAAGCCAGUUCUGGAUGAUAUCCCAGUGCCAGUGAUCGUAGAGGGUGAACAGUUUACCCUUAAACCACGGUCAGCAGCAAUCUUCUGUGAUGUAAGCAGAAAUGGGCUGAAAGAACUUCAGCACAGUGAAGAGGAAAUGUAUGUCAUGCAUGAAGAAAUUCCAAAAGCAACGGCUGAAUGGUUGAAAAUUCAAUUUCUCAGUACCUACAUUCUCAAUCCAGAGGAUGUAAGCACUGGAUACGAAAUGGCAAUAGAGCAAUGUGGACAAUCUGAACCAAUAACAAUGAGGAUCAAAAACAUUCUUAAAGAGUAUGAUGAAGACAGUGACAUCUUCAAAGAGCUCAUUCAAAAUGCAGAGGAUGCUGGAGCAGAGACCUGUAAAUUUUUGGUGGAUUUCAGAGUCCACAGAGAUGCCCCUGAAAGUCUUAUUGAUCCUGAUAUGGCUCUUUGUCAGGGACCUUGUCUUUGGGCUUUUAAUGAUCAGCAAUUCACAGCUGAAGACUGGAAAAACAUUAUCAGAGUUGGCUCUGCCUCAAAGGAAAGCAAAGUGGAGAAAAUCGGAAAAUUUGGACUUGGAUUCAAUACAGUGUAUCAUGUGACAGAUAUCCCCUCCAUCCUCAGUGGCAACCAUCUUCUCAUUCUUGAUCCAAAUGUAACUCACCUUACAAAGCACAUUAAAUACAAAACAAAUCCUGGAAUCAAGCUGAAUCUCUCUCUCAAGCGAGUUUUUCAUUGGUUCCCUGGUCAGUUUGGACCAUAUGAACGCAUUUUUGGCUGUACUUUCACCAAACAAAGUCCUCCGAAACCCUAUCCAGGCACUCUGAUCAAACUCCCUUUCCGAAGUGAAGAGGAAGCUCUCAAGUCAGAAAUCAGCACAAACGUGUAUCAAAAACACGACAUCAUUGCUUUCCAAAAGCACUUAACUAAGAAUUCACAAACUCACCUGCUCUUUCUGAAGAACAUCAAUACGUUAUCUCUACAAAACAUGUCAAACAGUGCAUCAACUCCACCAAGAGAUGGUGAAAUCGAAACCAUACUAACCGUGUCCAAAACCACUGUGAGCACAAGGAGAAUUCCUGAUGAAAGCAGUGUGUCAAAACAGUGCAAAGCAGAGAAAUCACUGAUGAAACUCGAUGGUAAAUGCAAAGAGGUAAUUAACUGCCGCACAAUCGACUUUGUCCAGAUAGCCUGUCAACAGUCUGGUGUAAAUGAAGUCCACGGCUGGCUCUUAUACAACUGCUUUGGGACACACAAGUCCUUGAAAAUGGCCCUUCAAGAAAACAAGCACGCCAAGUUCUCUUUGCCCAUCGGGGGGUUGCUGUACCUUUGCAAAAUGACCCAGAAACUGGAAAAUUGUCAGCAAUGCAAACAGAUCUUGUUGGACAGGCAUUUUGCUUCCUUCCUCUUCCCAUUCGAACAGGUCUUCCAGUUAAUGUAAAUGGAACGUUUUCUGUGACAAGCAACCGAAAAGGUCUGUGGGAAAGUGGAGUGAAAAAUGAGUGGAACAAAGCUCUGCUUCAGGAUCCAGUGGUGAAUGCCUACAUUACUGCUCUCUUGGAACUAAA